AUGGAAGAAUUAAAUAAUACUGCUGUGACUGAGUUCAUCCUUGCUGGGUUAACUGAGAAACCAGAGCUCCAGUUGCCCCUAUUCCUCAUCUUCCUAGGUGUCUAUUUGUUUACAGUUGUAGGAAACCUGGGCAUGAUCAUCUUGAUUCUGUUUAGUUCUCAGCUGCACACACCCAUGUAUUAUUUACUCAGCAGUCUGUCCUUUAUUGACUGCUGUCAGUCCACUGUCAUUACUCCCAAAAUGCUGGUGAACUUUGUGACUGAGAAGAAUGUCAUCCCCUACCCAGAAUGCAUAGCUCAGUUCUAUUUCUUCUGUGUUUUUGCUGUUGCAGAAUGUCACAUGUUGGCUGCAAUGGCAUAUGACCACUAUGUGGCUAUCUCUAACCCUUUACUUUACAAUGUAACCAUGUCCUAUCACGUCUGUUUGUGGAUGGUUUCUGGGGUAUAUGGUGUGGGCUUACUAAGUGCCACAGCUCACACUGUCAUGCUGCUGAGAGUGCUUUUCUAUAAGUCUAAUAUAAGUAACCAUUACUUCUGUGAUCUUUUCCCAUUACUGGAGCUCUCUUGUUCUCGUACUUUUAUCAAUGAAGUACUAGCACUGUCCUUCAGUGCAUUUAAUAUUGUUGUACCAGCUGUGACCAUCCUUAGCUCUUACAUCUUCAUCAUUGUCAGCAUCCUGCACAUUCAAUCUGGGGGAAGAUCCAAGGCCUUCAGCACCUGCAGCUCCCACAUCUCUGCUGUUGUUAUCUUCUUUGGUUCUGCUGCAUUCCUGUACUUUCAGCCAUCAUCAUUAAACUCAGUGGAACAAGGGAAUGUGUCAUCUGUGUUUUAUACUACCGUUGUUCCCAUGCUGAACCCAUUGAUUUACAGCCUGAGAAAUCAGGAUGUCAAAUCUGCUCUGAAGAAAAUUCUAGACAGAAGAAUUAAUUUUUUAAGAUUUGUGAAUAUCUACCUGGGCAAUGUGAUCACAAUUCUGGUAAUGAAGAGCAAUUCAAAGAGCCCAAUAGAGAGCUUUAUUGACGAUGUCCAGUGA